AUGGGAAAGAGCAUAAAAGAUUUUGGCUUCUCAGACUUUAUUCUAGAUGUUCAAUUUAACAAUCCUGGAAAAGAAAUAGAAGCUGAAUUUGUAAUACCUGUCUCCAAAGAAGAUUUAGCAACAGUAUCUAUGUUGAAUGGUGGUCAGAAAUUUGCAUUUCAGAAAAUAAUGGAAGCAGUCAAUACAAAUACAUCAGCUGCAUUCUUCAUUGAUGGACUUGGCGGCACAGGGAAAUCCUUUCUCUAUAAAGGUCUCCUCGCAACAAUUAGAUCAAAAGGUCAGAUUGCAUUAGCAACCGCAACAUCAGGAGCAGCUGCAUCGAUACUUCCAGGAGGACGUACUGCUCAUUCACGUUUCAAAAUUUCGCUCCAUCAUGAAAGCAAUAACACAUGCAAUCUAUCCAAACAAAGUGCCAUCUCUGAGUUGAUCAAAGCUGCAAAGUUAAUAAUAUGGGAUGAGGCAGCAAUGGCAAAAAAAUAUGCAAUUGAAUCCCUUGACAGAUUACUUAGAGACCUGCUCAAUUCUGAUCACAUCUCUGGUGACAAAAUCAUUGUUUUCGGUGGAGAUUUUCGACAAACUCUACCAGUUGUUAGGAAUGGCCAUAAAGAAGAUUAUAUUUCUGCAUCGCUCAUCAACUCAUAUAUCUGGCCACACCUUCAGAAGAUUCGACUCACUGAGAACAUGAGAGCAUCUUUAGAUCUAUCAUUUUCAAAUCUUUUGCUCAACAUUGGAAAUGGCACAGAAGCAACCAUUGCAAAUGAUAAAAUAAGUUUGCCUUCUUCCAUGAUCAUCCCUUUUAUUAAUGAUCAAGAAUCUUUAGCCACUCUCAUAGACACAGUUUAUCCAUCUCUAUCCACCUUUUUGUGUGGCAAUUCUGCUCUUAUUAACAGGACCAUUCUGAGUACAACAAAUGAUAUUGUGCAUGAAAUCAAUCAGAUUUUAAUUCAGAAGUUUCCUGGAGAAGAAGUCAAGUAUAUCAGCUUUGAUCAAACAAUAGAUCCAACCAAACAAGCUGAUCAUGGUGACUUCUUGAAUACUAUUCACCCUCCAGGAUUACCUCCACAUCAAUUGAUUUUGAACCAAAAUUGUCCAAUUAUCCUCCUAAGAAAUGUCAAUCCAGCACAAGGAUUAUGCAAUGGAACACGUUUGAUAUGUUUGAAUUUCAACAAAAAUGUCAUUCAUGCUCAAAUUUCUAUAGGAAUUCAUUAUGGUAAACAGGUUUUCAUUCCUCGCAUUCCAUUGCAUAGCUCUAAUGAUGAGUCAUAUCCAAUACCUUUCAAACGUACUCAGUUUCCAAUUUCCUUAUGUUUUGCUAUGACAAUUAACAAAUCACAGGGACAAACACUUGAUUUUGUAGGAUUAUAUUUGAAAGAACCAAUGUUUUCACAUGGUCAAUUGUAUGUUGCACUAUCAAGAGCUAGAACUGCUAAUGAUGUUAAAAUUCUACUAAGACCUGUUUCUUCUGACUCUUUGUCCAACAAUUAUAUGGAUAACAGAUGCACUGGUGUGAAUACGUUGACAGAUAAAUCAAGUGAAUGGAUGAUAAAGGUCAUCCUAAUUAAAAAAACAAACAUUUUUACUGGAAAAGAUCAGACCGCAUUCCAACACUUCAUGUUUGCAGAUGAACAAAAUGAAUCAAUUCAAGGAAUUGCAUUCACUAGAGAUGUAAACUACGCAGAUACCAAGCUUCAUCUUUAUCACACUUAUUACAUUGGCAACGCCGCUAUUUCAUCUAUCACUGAUGAAAGAAUCAAGCUGGUUCUGUCCCAUGGCAACUAA